AUGGCAGAGAUGCUUUUGAAGGCACAGAAGUACAUAAAUGCUGAGGACGCCUUGAUUUUGACGAAGAUUAAGGACGAACAGUAUCUUAAAUGUCCCAGGCCACUCCACUCGUUGCCUAGUGUGCGCGACAAAAGGAAAUACUGCUGUUUUCACAAAGACCACAGGCAUUACACAGACGAUUGCCGAGAUUUGAAGGAGCAAAUAGAAGAACUUAUAUGGAAAGGGAAAUUACAGAAGUACGUGAAAAGGGGAGAUUCUAGCAGGUAUAGGGACGACAAGAAGGACCAACACGAAGGCUCUCAGAGAGACGAAGACCACCUACCACUUUGUCCACAGAGUGCAAUAAGGGAAAUAAAAACCAUCACAGGAGGACCAUCCACAGGUGGGUCAUUCAGAUCCCUCAAGAAGUCAUACCAAAGGCAGGUGAACAGUGUCCAUAGCCUGCCUUCCUUGAAGCAAAGACGGACAAAACAAGACAUGUACUUCUCAGAAGAAGAUGGUAGAGGGUUAAAGCAACCUCAUGAUGACCCACUGGUCAUUAUAAUCAUGAUUGAGGGAUUCAACACAAGAAGGGUUCUGGUAGACAAUGGGAGCUCGGCGGACAUUAUCUACCUUUCUACCUUUCAGCAAUUAAAAGUAGACCAGAAGAGACUUCGUCCUUUCGAGUCCCCCUCAUUAAUUUCAGUGGAGACAAGGUGUACCCCCAUGGAAUAG